AGUUUGUGCAAGACGGUGAGAAUGUGCACAUUGUGCAAUACCGAAUCGGCUAUUAUUAAGAGAGCCACGAACGACUCAUGUCCAGGAUGUUGUUUGGCUUGUCCGUGCUCCGAUGAACCAACAACUUCCCAACUCAUAUUCAAAAUAGUUGAAAGAAUAUCAAGUUUAAAGAGACAACGUUUACCGGCUACUCAAAAUUUCAAGCCUAAUUUAGCUGAAACAAAUCCUGCAGAAUUUCAUAGGCGAGUAACGGAUCGUUUAAAUGAUUACCUACGGCGAAGUCGCGAGAGCAGAGAUCAUCUAAGGAGGUUAAAAGACGAAUCUGAAGACGACAGACCUCUACAAAAUUCUACUGUUGAUUACUCAUCAUCAGAUAAUUCAUUAAUUCAUCCCGAUGAUCCCCAAAAUAUUUUGGAUGAGCAUGUCUUUAGGGUAUUUUCCAAAAGGGAAUUGGAAGAAGCCUCGCUAUCGGCUAGAGGAACGGAUUCAGGAGUAUCUCUCGGCUACGAUAAUAUGAAAAGAUUAAUCUCCCCAAUCGAAUCUUUUCCUUUCUCUUACUCUUCCGAUCAUCAUUUAAAAAUAUUUCCCACACGAAAUAGAGUCCUUGAAUGGAUGAUGAACAAAGCGAAAAUAGAAGAAGAAUCAACAGUAGUCGGUUAUUUCUUAUUCAACGAGGAAAUCCCAUACAAGUUUCGAAUGCCCGGCCGAAAUAUAACCCUAGCCCAGAUCAAGGAGCAUAUUAGAAGGGGAGCAAACUGCAGAUUUUUCGUCAAGAAACACUCGGAAGAGUUUGGCGUUGGCGUCGUUCACGAAGAAGUCACAAAUGAAAAUGAACCUCUUCCGCUGUUCGACGGUAAAAUUGUAUUGACUAUAAAUAAACUCGAUUAAACGCGAAAAGUUUCUGACAUCUAUUGGCUAAUACGCGUAUUGGUUUCGGUCACGUGACGUCUAAAUAGCCUCACUCUCCCGCCUCCUUUGCUAUUCCAGUUUAUUGGCCAUGAAAUAAGUAGAAAUGGAACUGUCCUUUGUUUCUAAGAAAAAGAGACUUUUUAUACGCCUUUAUAAGCACUUCUUAUGGAGAAUGAGAGAAAAAGAGUGACGAUGAAAACUUAGAAGGUCGUGACGAUUAUAAAGACCACAUCGAGUGCACUGGCGUUUAAUCUUUCACUCUAAUAAUAAUCUAUGAUAAUCCCAAUAGCUUUCCCCUCUCUUUUUUUUCUUUUUGCAAAAAUCUAUAAUCUCUAAUCAAAGUCUUUCUCUCUUUUACCUACCGCAAAACUGAAUAAAAGAGAGAGCGGGAGAGACUAUGUGAAAGAAAGAUGGAAAAGUAAUGAUAAAGUAACUGCAAAAGGCGAAACACUUUUACUUUCAAUGACCUCGUAAAAGAGAUUGAAAAUAUCAGCAUUCUGUCAGUUCAAUCGUGCGAAAAAAAUUAAUAAAUUGCAUUUGAUUGCCGCCAUUUAACUUGUUUGGAGAUAUCCGAAGUUGCGAUGUAAGAGGAAAAUGGAAAUAAACUCAGUCACGUGAUGGAAGAAAAACUUAACGUUUAUAUAGAGCGUAAACGGCGCGCUUCUCUUUGUUCGCUUUUUCAAAUGCUACGGUUUGCGCGUAUGCUCUUCAAACAUCAAAGGCAUUACGUGUUUCUGAACGCCACCUAUUGCCCUAUACGAACACUAAUCCUCAAACAACGACGUUAAAUUAGUCGGCGCUUUCAUGUGGCGUUGACGCCUUUGAUUCCAAGGACUUGGGCGUCACUUUGUUCUUGCUUUGUAGCCUGUCUCGUUUAUCUUUCUUCCUGCAAUUUUUUCCUUUGUAUUCGCUAUCUAAUUCAAUUAUUUCAUUUGCGACGGUGCAAGAGUUUAGAUGUACCAGAUGUACACUAUAUAUAUAUUAUAUAUAUAUAUAUAUUUAUAUGUAUA